GAGAGCCGCAGGUUGCAGACCCCUGCCUUAGGAAAUCCCUGCAGCCGGACAUCCCCGCUCGACCCUUUGCAGACUUCCUCCUCGCAGGAUCCUCGCCUUGGCUCCUCCUUCCGACUCCCUUGGAAGAUGGCUGCGGCCGUCGCCUCCUUGGCGGUCCCGUGGGUUGCUUUGAGGACGCUGCUGCUGCGCUCUUGGCACAGUUCUGCCGCCUCCUCGUCGGCCUGGGCAGAAGACCUGCUUCAUCACAUGGACCGGCGUGACACCUGGGACCGCUUCUAUUUAAAGAACAGAGCUAGCGGCCCCCAACAUUUUGACUGGUUCUUCAGCUACGAAGACGCCUCGGGAUUGCUGCUCUCCACUCUGCAGGGCCUGUCCUCCGGUGAGACCCGAAUCCUCGAUGUCGGCUGCGGCACUUCGGCCUUCGGUUUGAGACUGUAUCAAGACUCCCCCCACCAACUCCACGUUUCUUGCUUGGAUUUCUCCCCUGUAGCCCUGGAUUCCCUACGCCAGCUGCUCCAGGAUAGCCCCCCGCCACGGCACCCACUUUCCUGCCUGUGCUGUCGUCUGGCUGAUGCCACUGACUUGAAAAACACUUUUGAAUCAGACUCUUUCCACCUCGUGCUUGACAAGGGGACCUGUGACACACUGCUUCGGUGCCCCCAAGGGCCGGGCAAAGCCAAACAGUUAGUGGCGGAAUGCCUGAGGGUGCUGAAACCCAGGGGCAGGAUUCUUCAGCUCUCUGAUGAGGACCCAGAUGCCAGGGUACCGUUCCUGGAACAGGCUGGCGGUGGGAAUGUAACUGUAACAGAGAUUGGGUGCAUUAAUGGCAUCUGCUAUUAUGGCUACACGCUUGGUCAAAGGCUCCUGGACUCAACAGACAGCAGGGAGCAAAGCCCGGAAGGAAAAGGCCUCGAUGACUUGGCUUAAAACCAGUUUUGUGAAGAGAGUUGAAGUUUUAAUCUGGAGAGAAGCCUGAGAAAUUGUCCAUAUUUGAAGCACUUGGGAAGUGGUUAUUAGAUGUCUGGUUGCCAAGGUACUGGGUAUUUAUGAUUCCUGGGGAUCACAAUUGAGUGUUUGCUUGUUUCCCAUCUGCUCAACCUGUACGUUUAUAAGUAAAAAUGUUUAUAAGUAAAGUUUUGACUACAGAA